UCUUUACAGGCAGACACUUGGCAGACACUGUAGAGAUGGCAUCCUCGCUCGGCAAACGGAAGGAAAGGGAAGAAGAAGGGGAAUUUCAUGGAUCGACGCUUUUUGUGUCGAAUCUACCAUACACAGCAACAUCUACGGAUUUGCAGACCCUCUUCUCUGACUUCGCACCUGUACGGUCUGCAUUUGUCGUGCUUGAACCCGGCUCAGGAGUAUCAAAAGGCGUCGGCUACGUUUCAUUCGCCAUUAAAGAAGAUGCGCAAAUGGCUUCCGACAAGAUCGCGGAGGAGGGACUCGUGCUUGAUGGGAGGCAGCUGAGGGCUCAAUGGGCGGACUCAAAGAUCAGAGACAAAUCCCAAGUCAAGGUCAAACACCCGACGCAGUCGCCUGUGAAGACCGAAGCCAAGUCUCCAGCCCCUCGACCUCAGCCGCUUGCAUCGAAAGACCCUCUUGCUAUACGCACAGUGGUAAUCUCAGGUCUUCCUCCGUCAGUAGACUCCAAGGCGCUAUGGAAGAAGAUCCGUAAACUCCAGGGCGGUGAGAAGGUGGAGUGGCCGGUCAAAAUAAGUAGUGGAGAGGAAGACAGCGAAAUAGCUCAUGCACUAUUCGCGACACCGGCCGCCGCAUCAGAGGCUGUCAACAAACUUCAUGCGCACGUAUUCAAAGGUUCUUUGCUUUCGGCGACCCUAAAAAAGCGACUGGACGGCCUAGCCAAAGCCCCCUCCAAGGCCAUGAAGGCUGCCGCACCAAAGCCCGAUGCAAAGGGCGCAGCCCCGAGUCGUGCGAGCCGGCUCAUCGUGCGUAACCUACCGUUCAACACCACAGAGCAGGAUCUCCGCGCCGUGUUUCUCCCCUUCGGACCGAUCUACUCCGUUGACAUCCCGCUCAAGGACAGCGAGGGCGAGGGCAAGCCCCGCGCGAAGGGCUUCGCGUUCGUCUGGAUGCUCAGCCGCAAGGACGCGGAGCGCGCGAUGGAGGGGGCCAAUGGAAUGAAAGUCUAUGCGGGCAUGGCGGUGCGCUUAGUGACGGACAAGCAGAAAAAGAAGAAGCAGCGGAGGGAGGAGGAAAAGGCAGAGAAAGCGGCGAAGGGCCAGGGCGAGUUGGAAGAGGAGGACGAAGGGCCGGAGACUCGGGGGAAGGAGCGGGUAAUCGCGGUCGACUGGGCGUUGAGCAAGGACAAGUGGCAGGCGGAGAAGGCGAAGCUGGAGCAGGAAGGCGCAGACGUGCAGAUGGAGGAUGAGAGCGAUGGGGGGAGCGAGAGCGAGGAGUCUGACAGCGACGAUGAGCAGAUCGGAGUACACGAAGACGGUGGUAGUGAUGAGGGCAGUGGGAGUGACAGCGAUGAAGAUGACCUGACGGGCGCGGAGGAGAGUGAAGGGGAUGAGGACCGGGAAAAGCCUGCGCUACCUCCUCCGGAAAGCGGCACCACGCUAUUCGUUCGGAAUGUCCCUUUCGAGGCGACAGAAGACGAGCUGCGAACAUUAUUCCGUUCCUUUGGACCUCUUCGGUACGCUCGCAUUACGAUGGAUCAUGAGAUUGGUCGUUCUCGCGGGACUGGCUUCGUCUGCUUCUGGAAUAAAGCCGACGCAGACAAGGCCGUCGAGCAGAGUGAGAUCCUACGUGCCGAGAUGCUGGGAGACAACGACAAGGUCGCAGCACCCAAGAAAAAUCCCUUCAAACUGCCUUCCUUGCUAACCCCGGAUCCGUCCUCGUCAAUAGCACAGAACCUCGUUCUUCACGGCCGAACAUUGGAUGUGAACCGUGCUGUAACAAGGGACGAAGCCAGCAAGCUCAAGGAGGCGGGCGAAAGACAACGAGAGAAGGCAGACAAGCGCAAUCUCUAUCUCCUCCGGGAGGGCAUCAUCUUGCCGAACGCGCCCGCUGCCGAGUCUGUAGGACCAGCAGAGGUGGAGAGACGGGCACAGUCGUUCAACGCUCGAAGAGCACUCCUCCGCUCGAACCCAUCACUAUACGUCUCGAAGACACGACUAAGCAUCCGCCAGCUGCCGCUCUUUGCGACCGAGCGCAUGCUGAAGAGACUUGCUGUGCACGCCGUUCGCGCCUUCGAGAAGGAGGUCAAGGGGGGCGCACGGGAUCCACUGACUCCCGACGAGCUCGCAGAGUCGGUCGAACCUGCCAACGAAGACGAGACCAUCAAGAAUGACGGCAGUGUGAAGUCGAAGACGUUGAAGGGUCAUGGGAAAGAGAAGAAGGCUGGCCGCGACACGGGUGUCCAGCAAGCCAAGAUCGUGCGCCAGGCAGACCGCGUCGACCCUGUGACGGGCAAAGGGCGCAGUAGAGGCUACGGCUUCUUGGAGAUGACGAAACAUGCAGACGCUCUGCGAGUGCUCAGAUGGGCGAACAACAAUCCCGAGGUCGGCAGACUGUUCGAAGAGUGGUGGAAGGCCGAGCUGGAGGAUAUGGCGAAGAACGAGAAGAAGAAGCCGCAGAAGGAUGAGGCGCGGUUGAAGCGGUUGAAAGACGAGCUGGAAAAGGGCGCGCCCGUCAAGAGCAGAGGGACCCUUAUUGUCGAGUUCUCCAUCGAGAACGUGCAAGUCGUUCAACGACGGGAUACUCGACAGCGCGAAAAACAACCAGAACCUGGUAUCUCGACACGACGACAGCGCGUAACGUCGUCUCCGGCUGUCAAGACGGAGAAGACUGAGGAGCGACCUAGCAAAAAGCGACGAGUGCCGGACCCAUCGCAGCCGCAAGUGAAGAAGUCUGAGUCGAAUGAAGUUCCCAAGGCUGGUCAACAGAUUGGCUCUCUCAUCGGUAGGAAACGGAAAGAAAAGAAGUCAAAGCGGGGCUGAGCCUGAACAACUACAUGCAUAUGUAUUUCCGUUUCUGCUUCGUGCCUACAUUCAU